AUGCCUUAUUCACGGGUAUUGUCAGUUGAAAGGUCAUGGCAUGGUUCCGUUUCAUCCCAGUUCGUCAACAAUAUGCAGAUGCGCGAUCACCACUUCUCCCGGAAUCCUUGGAAUUGCCAACACGCAAAACGACUCGGAUGGAACUUCAUUGACGAUUGUCCCGAGUAUUGGACGGAGCUCGAGACAGGGAAAUUGAGACUCGAGGUCAAACCAGGUCCAGAGCACGAGUGGCACGAUGAGUGGAGGGACAGACUUAUGAAGGGAGAAGGCUGUUACGGUCCACAGGGACCUCCUCCUUACCCGCCUUUCAAGGUUCAUCCGCCGUGGGAGGGCAAGACAAUGACUCGAGAGCAUCGCAAUGCCUACUACUUUGAGGAAGACUCGCCGAGGAAAUUGUGGCUGGAGCAAAGGGCGAAGUUGAAGAAGCAGAAGAAGUCGCAAAAGAAGCAGGAACAGACAUCAGAGGCGGGGCCAUCCCAUCAGCAUUCGACGCGCGCUCAAGGAAGCCGCGUCCCAUCCAUCACACCUUCCCAGCCGACCGAGUCAUCGAAUCCUCGCACACAAUCAUCCAAGCGCGACAAAGGAAAAGGAAGAGCUGUUGAUCCUCCUGCCGCCACGACAGAGUCCACAACCGCCCCGGUCGCCGGCCCCUCGUCUGCCUCUGUUCCCGCUCGCAAUUCCGCUUCUGCCUCUGCUUCCACCUCUACCGUUGCCGGGCCAUCCAUUGCAAACCCUAUCACUGCAACAGUCAGCAAAGAAGAGGGCAUCCAGGAGACCGUCGCCAAAAAUGCCGAGGACAAGAGCAGCACGAACGUGCAACGCAGAGCGACCAAGAUCAAGAUCAUUCCUCCUGGCAGCAAGCAAGACGUCAAAGGCAAAGGUAAAGCAGUCGACAAACCUAGCCACGUUAACAACAAUGCCCACAAGAUUACCAAGCCCAGCGGUAGCAAGGAGCCCGCGGCCGUUGCUACAAACAGAAUCAUCAAGCGCUCGCAAGUGGUCAAGGGAAAGUAUUGGGCUUCCAAGCUUGAUUCCUCCAUGUUCACAAAAGACGGCAGCAUCAAGGCGGCGUUCUCAGAUGACAAGGACAACAGCGGGAGCAAGGCCAAAGAAAAGGGGAACGGAAUGGUGUCUGACGGUGCCAAUGACAAUGGCGAAGGCAGCAGCAGCAUGGCCAGUAGCAGCAAGACCGCCACGGCCAUCAACAUUGGCAAUGAUGACAACUCCGACGACGAGCUGGCCCUUGGUCAAGACAGUGAUGACUAUGACAGUGGCAGCGAAACGGACGAUAGCAAAGACAGUACCUAUACUCUCACGGACAAAGCCAAGAAGGGCAAGGUCACUACCGCCGCCGCCGCCGCCACCAUCACGGCAUCCAGCUCCGACUCAAGCUCCAACAAGCGCAAACGCGCCACUACCGACACAGGCGACGACGAAAAAACCGCCUAUUACGUCCUCCGCUGUCCACUCGAUCUUGAUUGCAUGUCUCAAUCCGAUUCCACCCACAACGAUCCAGAAGACAUCAAAGGGGUCUUUUGCCGGCACCCCUUCAAGAGGCGCCGCGCAAUGAACCACAUCGAAACAUGCCAGUUAGAUGAAGAACUUCGUAGUGAAAAACAGAUAUGGGAGAACUGUUGUUUGAGGGUUGUCCCUGAUCGAAAGAACACGCCUGUCAACGAUGAAUGGGCUAUGAGACACAACAGGACUUUGAUCCGGAGCUUGGUUCACAAGGCCGGGGGUGGAAAAAGGGCAAGGGAGAAGAUGGAGAAGGAGCUGGAGGAGGAUCUUUGA